AUGUACGCUUUUACUAUUCUUGGAUUUAAGAGAGAUGACAUGAGUGAAGAUGAGUACCACAAUUAUAUCAGCACUGUGCAUUCGGGGCACCUGAAGGCCCUACUGGCCCAGAAUGACAUUGUCUCCUACACCAUGCAACACAACACCUCCCAAACCCGGAAUGAUCUCAUCAACAAGGUGUACAACGGCCAAAUGCCUGUGGAAAAAGUCUUCGAUUGCGACGCUAUUAUUCAGGUGGUCUUCAAGACGGUGGAGGAUUAUCUACGUGUUCGAGAGGAUCCCCACUUCCAGAAUGUCGUGAACCCGGAUCAUGUAAACUUUGCGCAUCCUACGAAGACGAGAUUUGUGAUGGGAUGGCAUGAGGUGCAUGUUGCCGAUGGCAAAGUUGUUUCCUAA